GAGUCGCCCCGCAGGAAGAAGUGACCUCGCUCCCGGGCUGGUUCCAAGAAGUUAGCAGCAUCAUGCCCAAAUAGCUGGUUUACGCUGGAGCAGGAAUUGAACCCAGAGGAAUCCAGUGCUUUGUACUACCAGAGUACUGUUUUGAUGAUUCCAAGAGCAGAGCUUUGGAGCCAACGCUGCCGCCUUUUUUUGGUUUUUGACAGAUUAUCACGGGAAGAAUAGAAGCUUCAUCUCAGUGUAGGUGACCAUGCAGCCUGCAAUCCAAGUGUGGUUUGGAGAAGAUCUACCUCUAAGUCCCAGGUGUCCUCUGACUCCCAGACAUGGCCCUGGACUGGCAGAUGUGUGUCAGUAUGACGAGUGGAUAUCUGUGAGACAUGAAGCCACUCUGUUGCCUAUGCGAGAAGAUCUCUCUAUUUGGUUGUCUGGCUUACUAGGUGUUGACAUUAAGGCAGAAAGAUUGCUGGAAGAGCUUGAUAACGGGGUGCUGCUGUGCCAGCUCGUCGGUGUUCUUCAGAACAUGGUGAAAGCCUGCCACCCUGACGAGCCGGGGAAUUUUCCCAUGAAAAAAGUGCCCUGUAAGAAAGAUGCUGCCUCGGGCUCAUUCUUCGCCAGAGACAACACCGCCAACUUUCUUGACUGGUGCCGGCACAUUGGGGUGGACGAAACUUACCUCUUCGAGUCUGAAGGUUUAGUUUUACAUAAAGACCCCAGACAGGUGUACCUUUGUCUUCUUGAGAUUGGUCGGAUUGUGUCAAGAUAUGGAAUUGAGCCACCAGUAUUAGUAAAACUUGAGAAAGAAAUUGAGUUGGAAGAGACCUUGCUUAAUGCCUCGGGGCUUGAAGAGUCCAUCAGCAUCCCCAAAUCCUGCUGUCAGCAAGAAGAACUACAUGAAGCUGUUAAACACAUUGCCGAGGACCCUCCUUGUAGCUGCUCUCACCGAUUUUCUAUUGAAUACUUAUCUGAAGGGCGGUACCGGCUGGGGGAGAAAAUUCUCUUUAUAAGGAUGCUUCAUGGAAAACAUGUUAUGGUCCGCGUUGGUGGAGGCUGGGAUACUCUGCAAGGAUUUUUGCUGAAGUAUGACCCCUGUCGAAUACUGCAGUUUGCUACACUAGAACAAAAAAUUUUAGCAUUUCAAAAAGGAGUUUCUAAUGAAAGUGUGCCAGAUUCUCCUGCCAGAACACCUCAGCCUCCAGAAAUGAACCCUUUGUCAGCAGUUAAUAUGUUUCAGAAACAAAAUUUAAAACCUGGCACACCAUCGAGUGUUCCGAAGAUCAAGGAGAAACAGGUACGCCCGCCAGGUGCACGUCUGCCUGCAUCAUCAGUAAAAGGUGAUCUGGCUUCCCCGUCCACCCGCCCUAAACGUCCAGAUUCCCCAUCGACAUUUCCACAUCCCAAGGUCACAUCUUUGAAGGGCGUGGCAAAAAAGGCGAAUGUUCCUUCCAACAGUGUAUCAUCUUCCCUGGCUUCUCUGAAUCCGGGGGCUAAACCAAGCACUGUGCAGUGUGCAUCAGAGUCGGCGAGAAAAUGUGUCACCUUCCCCAAGGUUGCUCAGACCAAGGCUAUUCCAGCCCAGAAUUCAAGAGAUCUAUCUAAAUCUAGACUUUUACCAAGUAAAUCUGGAAAAAUUGAACCAAAGCAUUUGAAACACAAUCAUCUUUCUUCCAAGGACGAGUCACGUAUAAAUUUAUCAUCCAAGUGCCCAAAACUACCUAAAGGAACUGUGCAUGGAAGGCCUAACCUUCCUCCUUCCCAGCCACCUGCAAAGGUGACAAAACCCAGUUCUAAAACCAGAGCCAUAGGUCUAGGGACACAUUCUCAUUCUCAGCCACCUGAUAGAACUCUGAAGUCAGGGGCCACCUCGGCACAAAGACUUCAGUCUACAUUGAACUUAAAUAAUCCAGCUUCUGUGUGUUCAGGGUCCUCUGCAAAAGCUACUCAGGAAUUGAAAGGUAAGAAUACAGUUUCAGUUGCCAAAAAGCAACCUCAGAGUAAAGGUGUCUGCCAGAAUCCGGAACCUGGCUCUUCAAAGUCUCCUGGCCGUACCCCACUGUCUAUUGUGACUGUUCCCCAAUCUGCUACCAAGACAGAAACUGUCUCAAAGUCAGCAAAGACCGCCAUGAAGGGCCAAUACUCAGCUAAAGGGCCUCCCAAAAGCAGCAAGCCAGCAACUUCCUCCAGGAACCCACCCUCAUCUGGUAAGGGAGCAGACAGUGGAGAUAAAAUGCCUACUGCCAAGAAAAAGGACGAGGGUGACCAUUACUUUGUUAUGACUGGAAGUAAGAAGCCUAGAAAAUAAAUACACCUGUAUGGUUUCAACAAAUCAGGGUGAUCAAUGGCUGGCGAUCCACAAGGAUCACCAAAGAUCUUCCUAUUUGUCUGGAGAGCUGCAGACAUGGGGUCAAGAUGGCACAAAGCCGGGUCAGGGAAAGGACUCGUGCAUUUUGUGUAUUAAUGGACAGAUGUCUGAGUUUUGAUCUGUACCAUCUUGCUAAUGUCUGCUGUUGGAGGGAAAUGUAAAAGUCCAAGAACACUACUAGAAUUUUAACUAUUGUCAGUAUAUUUGUGAAUAGAUGGUAACUAUGGAGGUUGUCUGCGAAUAGCAGCUCUGAUGCUCUUAAACACUAGUUACUGUGCUCAGUCACAAAGCAAUGGUUGCUUGGUGUUAGUGUGUGCCUAUAGUCCCAGGUCCGAAGGCUGAGGCAGGGGUACGUAGUAACACCUAGCAAGGUUUUAAAAUGUGCUGUAAUAGGCACCUAGGUUAAUUUAUUGGUCAGGAACCCUGGCCCAGCAAUCCUACCUACCAAUGGCUCCUGCUGCUUACUUUGAUAUUAUUCUGGAUUAAGUGGAAUUCUUAUUAUUUAAAUCUCUAUAACCUUCCCAUAUCAGAAGGGACUUUUUUUUUUUUAAACUGGGCUUUUAUUAAUAUUGGUAUCACUUUGUAACCAAUAUUUUUG